UUAGCUGUGGACUCUCUUUGAACUCAUUUGGUUCGCUUUGAUAUUUGAGAACGUCAUGUGUAAGCCUCGUUGUGUGUCAGUGGCUUUAGUUUGCGCGUUUUUGGUGAUAGCUACGCUUAACGCCAGAAACGCAAGUGGCACAACAGCGCCUAACAACUCCGGAGUUCAAGCAACUUCGAAAUGCCAUAACAUGUACACUUACAAUAGCUUUUACGCCGGAGCGAACAACAAGAUAGAAGCACUGCUUCGUGAAGUUAAGCAUGAGCUGAGCGAGAUUCGAGAAGAACUCAAAUGCAUGAAAGAAAAGAAAACGAUUGAGAAAGGUAGGUCAAUUUCAUUUUUUAUUAUUAAUUUUUUUUUUCUCUCAACAAGCACAGCUAAGUUACGUGAUAAGGGUGUAAUAGUCCACUUUUAUACUUAUUUUCAAUUGUCUUGACAAGGAGAGUAAAGAUUUACCAGUUCCUCUUCGAUUCAUCGUUAGCACCAGAAAAAAUGUUCCUUGGGUUCAUAAUUUAUUGGUUUUGUUCGGAAGACUUGAUCAACAAGUUAAACAAUUUUUAAUUUCCGUUUCCCUUUUAAGACCUAGAGUAUUAACGAGAUUGUUGUCCUUAAAUUUUAGUGUAUAAGAACUGCGCAGAACUCUACAAAGCUGGUAAACGAAUUAGUGGCGUUUACACAAUCAACCCUGAUAAUGACGGUGCCUUCGAUGUUUAUUGUGACCAAAAAACAGCCGGUGGGGGGUGGACAGUGUUCCAAAAAAGACUGGACGGCUCGGUUGAUUUCUACCUCGGCUGGGGCGACUACAAACGAGGCUUUGGAAAUCUAAAUGGUGAGUUUUGGCUUGGACUGGACAAGAUUCACCGCCUGACAAAAGAACGAAGCAGGCUUCAUGUGGAUCUUGAAGACACAACUGGAAAAACAGCUUACGCUGAAUACGACUUUUUUGGUGUUGCAAGUGAGAGAAGCAAAUACAAGCUGAGUCUUGGAAAAUACUUCGGUAAGUCUUGUAAGCAGUUGCAAAAAGAAAUAAUUGAGAUGUAAGUUUUUAUGAUUGGUUUUGUGACGAAAAGUUUUUCCUUUUGAAACGAAUUAAAGGUUUUUCGGGAAACGGUGCCUAACUCUCGAUAAAACUGGGAGAAACUAGACUCAAAUGGCAACUCGCUUGCGGGGAAGAGCCGUCACUUCUCUCUAGGACCGGGAUCAAACCCGCACUAACUGGUACAGGUAGUAGAUAAAACAAAACUGAGCUUUGGUUCCAACAAUGUUUAUUCUUCUCGUUACAUCAACUACACUGUAUCAAUAACUCUAGUCAUACUUGGCGAAGUAAUCAGUAAUCCAUCCGUGACGUAAUCGAAAAAUAGUAAAAACUAGUCGGGUUACUUAUGUAUGACGUCUACAACCAUUUAAGACAAAAUUAGUACAAUAGAAAUAUAAACAGAAAUUUCUUACAGUUAAGUGAAGACUAAAAGCAAAAUCUAUUGUUCACCUGAAGUCUUUUGUUACUGUUACUAUUUUGGCAAGUAGAAGUACUACUAAAACCAGGUCAGCAAAAUUGCCAUUAUGUACCAAGUAUUAGAAUAAAAACUCUGAAUCGCACCAAUGACAUUACGAAUCUUCAUAGCCAAUAACAUCGCAACUUAAUUGACAGCCGACCAAAAACAUCGCGACUUAAUUAAUUGAGCAAUCAGGUCAAUAUAUUACCAGAGUUUAAUACCAUCGACUGACGUGAUACAACUCAUUUUGACUCUGAAGAUGACUACCGCACAGGUUGUCGUAACGUCAGUCACUGUCAACAACAACAGUCCUAUUCACGACUAUGUUCAACCGGGCGAUCAUACUCAACCCGUUUAUUAGAAUAAGUUAAGUAGCGGCUGUUCAAACAGGAAGAAGUGGAGACCAAUUUCUAUUUUCCCUUGAACAAAAACAGAUCUAUUUCAAAAUUACAAGUCAGCAAAACUUCUCAAGAGGGUUUAGGGCCUGGGUCAAAGGUGUCUUCGGAAAUAUCUCUUUCUAGGAGACUUAGAACAAAAUGAAACUGUCCCCAAAAGUAAAUCUUGAGGUUUUCGUAUGUGUUAAAGUUUAGUCAUGGUCACGUGAACGUCAUGUAACCAAAAACUGAAAAUGAAAGAAAUUGGCGAAUUGGUGGGAAUGUACUUGGUUUGGAUAAAUAAGUUGGCCUUUCUAUUCAAGAUUAAAUUUGGGCAUUUUAAAUGAUAUUUACUCUCAUAAUUUUUUUUGUUGAAGUGCAGUGGCUGGUCAUUCCAAACGUGAAGUGUUAGAAAUAGUUAAUAUGAAUGAGAAAAAUCUUAUUGCUCGAUUUCUUUUCUUAAAACCUUCGUCAAUUUGAAAAUUAUUUAAGAUUUUUAGCAGAAUGGUCUCGUGACAUAUCACAAGACUUAUUAACACAAUAUAUAUACUUUAAAAUGUUAAGUACAGUGAGUUAUUUAUGUGUGAGAAAUUUUGAUUCAGCUGCAUAAUCGGGGGCUAAGAAAUAAGCAUGCAAUAAAUCAUUUUAUUAUAUAAAGGUGCAUUAUGGGAAAUGUGGAAGUGGCGUAUUGCCGUUUUAGAAAGUCUUGUCACCGAACAGUUUUUCCAAGUUCACCCUUCUUGUUGUUUCACUGUAAGUUUUAUAAAAUGCUUUGUGAGAGAUAUUUGUUUGAUAAGAAGCUAUGAUUCUGUCAAUUUAAUUACAAGUAAAUUUCUCGCUAACGUCAAGUUCCUUAGGGAAAAAGACGGGUUUAUAUAGGCAAUAUUAACCCAAUGAACUACACAGCUCUGACAAAGCCUUGUUUCUCUUUCCUUGAAGGUACUGCCGGUGACUCGCUUUCAUAUCAUCGUGGAAUGGCGUUCUCUACCAAAGAUCGAGACAACGACUUGAAUGGCGGCGACUGUGCAAACCGUUGCAAGGGAGGAUGGUGGUUUAAUUCGUGUCUUGAUUCAAACCUGAAUGGCCUCUAUCACCACGGGAAACACCCUACGUCAUGGGAGGGCGUCAACUGGAAUAAAUGGAAGGGCCACAGCUACUCCGCUAAACGAGCUGAAAUGAAAAUAAAACCAGUUAAAGCCUAAAGCUACCUUCUCUUUUUUUCUGCUCUAACUUAAUCGAUAUAAAGGACGCGCAACAUUCAGUAGAUGAGUUACGGUUUAACCAUUCUGAUCACAUCAUUGAGUGCAAAAUCAGUAUAGACAAUUAAAAAUUUUGGCUUUUAAACUCUCUCAGUACAGUGUUCUCCUGUUACACUAGUGAAAUGUUUGCCCCGGAUUCGAGUCAGGGACUGACGAAUCAGGUUGGACAAGUGAACUGCCGGUGCUUGCCUGGGGGCGGGGGGGGAGGACAGAGGGGGCGACUUAUUUUUUUCAGCCUUAAGCCCACCCCACUGGUCGCAACUCUGAAAAUGCAUCACGGCACCUCUCAAUUAGGAUUUCCCUCUUAGACUAUUCGUGGUCUUUUGGGUUGGAUGAAGAGAAGUGUGGUACGCAUUGUCCAAAAAGCCUAUUUUCGUACCUCGCGUAAUCCAGCACACUCUAAAUCAGUACCAUACAACAAUCCAAGUACGUUGUUUCGCACGGAAAGCAAAAGUAGAUUGACACGGGUGGAUUUAUGGACAUGUUCGUUUUCGUUUCCUCUGCGGCUCUAGCCUGUGCCAGGCUCUCAGUCACGAUCUUUGCACAUACAUGUAUAAACUAUCUAGGCCUGCAUCGAGCAGGCCGCUCAUUGAGCUCCGGAUAUGUAUACUUUAGGACCUUUACGACCUUUUCUUUCGUAACGUAUUUAUCCCAUCAUUAUUCUUUAACGGCAGUGGCAUGCACUCAUUGAUUAACAAUGCCGUAACAAAAAGCGAAAAUGGAAAGCAAUGUCCCAACAGCCGAAUCUACGUCCUGUCAAAAAUGGACAAGCAUGACAAGUUGAACGUUAAAAAAGAAGUAAUACGUGACAAGUUUUUACUAAUCCUCUUUAUCUUAGUGUUUAAAGCAUUAAAAGCGGUUAAGUUGUAAAAUAAGAAACAGGACGAGAAAUGUGCCAUUUUCCAGGUUAAAGGUCAAGUCAUUCAACAGCAACUCCACUUAAUCGAUAAUCUCAGCAGUUUACAUAUUUUUCUUCCAGUCUAGUCUUUCCCCGUAGAGAUUUGAUGGGCGAUUUGAUGAUAACGAUCUUCCCUGCGGAAGAGAGUGAUUGGUUCUUCUUCUUAAACGAAAUAAGCCUUUUGCAACACAGCUAGGGUCACAGGGUACAACUGAUAGUCACGCUGGCGAGAAAACAAUGUAGUGAACCAAGAAAGAGGAUUGUCGCAUGUAUCGUCUAAAAUGAUAAUUUCUUUUCAAGGACCAUUGCGUUGUUUGCUCACAAGCGUAGCUAACUCUGUAGCAUUUCAGUUGACGGUUUGUUAAAAUUAACAACACAGCAUAGGAUUUGGCAUGGCCACAGGAACUGCCAUUAUGAUAUACUGUGUAACUGAGUACAUAACAUAGAUAAUAGAAAGAGGAAUGAUUAACAUUUAAAACUGCAUUCUUUACCCACAGCAAAACCUUAAUAGCGUGCAAUAAGGCAUUUUUCACGAGGACGUCACUUUACUACGAGUGAUCAAAAUACUUCCGGGUUUUCCUUUCGAGGGCAGAUUAAAUUUAUAAUUAUGACCACAGCUGAUUACAAAAAAAGAGAAAAAAAAGAAAUCAGUUCCCUGGUUGAAGUCGUAGAAUAAAACUAUUGUGAGAACGUCCUGUUAAUGCUAAUGAUUUCCUUUUUAAAUCGAUCGAAAAACUUGAACUGCCACCCAUUUUUCAUGUGCACUUUAAUUCUAACUUCCAUCCUUAAGCUGAAAAAUGGGUGGGAAUUAAGUGAAAGUAUAUUUUGUGUUUCAACGUUAAAGGUCGUUUAAUAUAUUUCCGUUUGCGUAUAUCGUGUAAAUCGCGUGUAUUGCAGCAUGCUUCUUUACUCCGGAGUAUAAAACAGAGCGAGACUCGGAAGACUGUUCAGUGUUUUGCAAAAGUGAUUUAUUUCUCGUUAGUGAAAAGCAGAGAUUUAAACGAGAACGAGUAGGCUAAUCAUGGUUUACCGUCGUUCACUUUGGAGUCUUUGCAGUCUUCUGACUGUGAUAGCUUUACUAAAUUUUGCCAAAUCAAGCAUAAUAGCAAACAACACCGCAGUGCGUAGCCCCGACGCGGGUUCUAAAUGUCAUGUAUACAACACUUACAACUACUACAACAGCCACUUAAACACGGGGUCGAACAAGAAGAUGGAAGCACUACUUCAUCGAGUACUGAAUGAGUUAAGCGAGAUAAGGGAGGAGAUUACGUUAUUAAAAGCAAACAAAACGACUGGUAAGUACGUGUACAAAGAGUGCGCACCCUUACCGUACACGUAGAAGAUAGGAGUUCUUUGAUUUGUCUUUGUUUUGCUGUGUUUUGUUUGUUACUUAUUUAUUUAAUGAUUCAUUUCUAGCUGUAACCUUGUCCCUCGUGGCAGUCAUCGAUUUGUUUCAAGUUCUUACUUUGCGGUCUUCUUUCCAUUCCCUGCCCCCCCUGGCAUCCCGAAAAUGCCCAUCCCUGGAACCCUUAUCGACCACAAAUGCCUUGAUUUAUCUACAAAAUAGAGAUGAGUAAAUUGAUUCCGUGCCAGGAGGACGUUUUGAACAGACCUUAAAUGCUUUUCUUGAGUUUAAUGAACGUUGAAGGAGACUACAUGAUUGAAAAGUAUAAUAAAAACACACGCCGCACUUUAUUUGAAAAAGAAACUCUGUGAUCUGAUGAUGGACAAAUAACUCUACCCGCACUUUCUUGAUAGAGAGAAGUUAACAAACAGCGGACGGAACAGUAGUAAUCAUCAUCAUCAUCAUCAUCAUUAACAUUUUUAUUAUUAGUGUUAUUCCUAUUGUAGUUAUAGUAAAUGCUCUUCAGCUACUGUGCGCUCCUCUGCAUAAAGGACAGGCGCUGAAAAAUUAAAACUACUUAUUUGUUUAAGAUUGCACCGUUAAAACACAUUUAAAACGCUAAAGGGAUAAAAGUUGACAAGCAGCUAAAAACUUUCGAUCCAUAGAAAUCCAACAAUCGGGUCUAAAUUAAAAAUCAUACCUGAGUCACACUCGUGAAAGACGGUAAAAAGGGAUAAAAGGCAAAAACCAUGUGUUCUCUAAAACGACUGCUACCUUCGAAUGCAGCAGUUUGUAACUUCUUAUCGACAGACCCCUGAUGUUUUCCCCUCUGGGGUGUCAAACGAUACAAAAGUACUUCAGUUGUUUAUUUCUUUAUCCUUAGCAACUUACAAGAACUGUGGUGAACUCUACAAAGCUGGCAAGCGAAACAAUGGUGUCUAUUCCAUUGACCCCGACAACACUGGUGCCUUCGAUGUUUAUUGUGACCAAAAGUCGGCCGGUGGGGGGUGGACAGUGUUCCAAAAGAGACUGGACGGUUCGGUUGAUUUCUACCGCGGCUGGGAUGACUACAAACGAGGCUUUGGAAAUCUGAAUGGUGAAUUUUGGCUCGGACUGGACAAAAUUCAUCGCCUGACAAAAGAGCGAAGCAGGCUUCAUGUGGAUCUUGAAGAGACGACUGGAAAAACAGCUUACGCUGAAUACGACUUUUUUGGUGUUGCAAGUGAGAGAAGCAAAUACAAGUUGAGUCUUGGAACAUAUUCGGGUAAUAUAUAAAGCCUAGCACCAUACAAACAUAUAAGCGCAAUUAAAAUUUUGUUUCUAAAAUUGUUGUAAUAAUAAUACCUCUACUAUAUAACGGUCGAGAGGUCUUCCAAAAAUUAUAGCCUGAAAAAGAACAGCUUUGGAUUUGACCCAUUCAGAAAAUUCAUGAUAGCGAAACCACAGAUAGGGAACAUAAGUAGAAGAGAAAUUUCGUACUUUGUGACAAAAUGACAUUAUUCCCUUGAAUCACACAUUUCUCUUCGCCUGUUCUUUCACUUCUUUAAUUUUGCAGGUUAUUGUUUAGACUUACUUCUAUGGGAAAAGUUCGAUAAUUAAGAUAAUUAGGAUAAUUAAGCUUAAAUUAUUUUAAAGUAAAGCCUGGUCAACAGUAGAACUGGAAACGUUGAUUUCCUGGCCAGCAAGUUACAUGAUUCUUCGGCAUGGUUCGAUAGACCUCUCUUUCCUCUGCGCAAGUUGAUUGGUUGUCAAAGUUGUCUGUGAGCGUCAAUGAAGACGUCAAAAGUGCUACAACGGGACACUUUGUUCGCUGACACGGGACUGGUCACUGGCAGCUGACAUGUGAAUGUGUUCAGUAUGAUAGACUCCAAUUUUGAGGUUUACUGGAAAAUAAUGUGAACAGGCUAACCAGUUUCCAGGUUGUCGCAAGUUUGCCAACAGCCCUACCAGCCUCGCCCGUCCUCUAUAUAAAAACCUCCUGUAGUUGUAGAUCUUAAAGAUCAGACACGCUUAUGAGUGUUGAAUUCCGAAUUAUUUUUUUCUUUGUUUGUUUCUUUUAUUUCCCUGAAGUAAUAGCCAGCUGUUUUAUUCAUUUUUUUUUCAUAAAAAAAUAUAAUUUUACCAGAUAACUAAGCUAAGUCGAACAAUCUGCCACUUGCGAAUUACUCUCUCCGGAUGUGACAACCGGCAGUAACAGUGAGAGAGUUGUAAUUCUCUUUGUCUUGCUUCACUAAAUAUUAAUGUAGCACGAAUCUUCUCAUCUAGGAACCGCGGGUGACUCGCUUUCAUAUCAUCGUGGAAUGGCGUUCUCCACCAAAGAUCGCGACAACGACCUUGGUUCAAACAGCUGUGCCAUACGCUGUAAGGGAGCUUGGUGGUAUCAGUCCUGUGUUGAUUCAAAUUUAAACGGCCUCUACCAUCACGGGACACACUCUACGUCAUGGGAGGGUGUCAACUGGUAUAAAUGGAAGGGCAACAGCUACUCCGCUAAGCGAGCUGAAAUGAAAAUCAAACCAGUUAACACUUAG